AGCUUAAAUCAUCUCUACCUAUGUAAAACUGAAUUGGCUAUUUGCGUCUUUGGCUAAACAUUUAAUUUUGUUGAGAUGAUGGAAAUGAAUCAAUUUUGAUCUGUAAAGAAAAUUUAAAUGCAAGAUAUAGAUCUGGACAAAAUGUAAGAAGGAGAUAUAGUAGUCACUGUUUAAAGGAUAAAAGGAGAUACCUGAGAGCUGCCGUUAGCUUUAGACCUGAAGAUGGAUUUUGGUGAGAAAAGCAAGGUUAUGGAGGUGUUAAACAGAGCGUUUGCAGGCUCUGUAGUGGAUAAACAUGUGGCUUCAGCGGCUAUUCGGGAAUUUGAAGGACUGUUAGACGACUUAUAUAAUCGACCUCCAAAGUGGGAGAUGGUUACAAUGAGAAGGGCUGAAGUAGAAAAUAUGAGAGAAAUCAUCAAGUAUCAGGACAAGAAAAUACGGGACAUAACUGAACGGGUGAAUCAGAUGAACCGUGGAGAGACACCUAAACACCCAUUGCUUACUGACAAAGAGAAAAGGGAUAUGACAAAAAGGUUUGAUCUAGCGGAUAAGUUCAACUCAGUAUUUGAGAAUGAGUGGAAAGCCGCAUUUUCUGAACUUCAGUCAAACAUGAGAUGGAGAGAUCUUGAGUGUGUCUAUUCGCUUAUGAGAGUUGUUCGAAAUGCAUGUGAUUUGUGUAUCAACCUUGCUGAAGACCAGAUGGACAGGAUGUUGUUGAGCAUGGAGGAGAGCGUGAUAGAUCCACUCAAUGGAAAGGGAGGAAAAUUGAAAAAAAUAUUUCAGGACCACAUGGGUGUUUAUUCUGACGGCAUGAAGGUGGCAGAAAAAUAUGCAACUGAAUACAGAAUAGAAAGAGCAGAAGCAUCGGUGCCAGCAGUUAUAGAUCUGUUUAUGGAUUCAAAAUUGCGAGCAAUAAUUGACCCAAGUCAGCUUCGAAGAGACAUGAGGCGAUAUAUACAGAAGAUUGUAGAACUUGUUUGGCUAAUGACAACAUUAGAUCCUCCUAUGCGGCUUUAUUGGCAGCAACAAACGGAAAGAGUCAAUAUGGAUUUCUUUGACGUUUAUGACAGGAAAGGUGAUUUUGUGAAUCAGACUGUUUGGCCAGCGGUUUUUAUGCACAACACUGGGAAGAUAAUUUACAAAGGACAAGUUUUAGCGAUGUAAUUUGGUCAGUGGAUCUUGAAGUUAUUGAGGAAAGGAUUUUAAUGGACGUAGCAUUUAAGCACUUAAACAUGUGUUUUAGAUAUAUGUGGUCAAAACAUGAUUUUUGUCCGCCCAACGUUUUCCUCCCAUAUUGUCCAUCUUCGGUUACUUUGUAAGUUUCAAGCUAUUUGUAAGGACAGUUCAUGUAACUUUCUUAACGUUGAAGUAGAACGGUUAUAUUCCUAAUUUUCUUUAGGUAUAUUAACCUUUAGCCUGCUGAUGGCAAGUGGUUAUGCCUUUGCGACCAGUGCAAACCAAGAUCAACCUGCACUGUUCGCUAUUCAGUCAGUAAAUUUUCAGCGAACACUCCUUCGAAUAAUGAAUGGUACUGCCCAAAUUGAAUGAUAGACCAGUCCAUUUUAGAAAUUUAGCAGGGUAAAUGUUAACUGUCUUUGUUCACAAAUGGAGAUGAAAUCCACAGAUACCCACAGACUGACAAAGCAGCAUGUGGCACAGACGAGAGAAAACAACAUUCACUGUAAAAAAAAUUAAUGGAUUGAACAUUUCAUAUGAUAUUUUCACAUGUGGCGUCACAAAUUAAAUCAAGAAAACAACAAUUUUCACACAUGUCGGACAAACACAUUUUCUUUCGCUUCUUGUUUAUAAACAUUUAGCCUAAUAAUGUUAAAAAUAUUAAUUGCUUUGCUUGUAGUGAUAUAUACGUAUUACAUACGUAUUACAUUUAAACUAAAAAUAGUUUACUUGGGUAUAAUCUAUCGUUAGUUUACGUGGGUACUGUAUAGUAUAUAAUCUUUCGUAAGUUUAUUAGGAAAUAUUAUAUACCAUUCUAAAAUGCGCUCAUUUGAUUGGUCGAAAUGAGUGCACCCGCGGGUCCGCAAAAAGCGAUAUUGACCUGCAAAAGUGAUAAUGACUCUUGUGGUAUCACUUUUUCUUAUAUGUAUGAAAUAUGGGCCAGUCAAAUGAAUGCAUUUGAAAAGGGCAUAUAAUAUAACAAUAAUAGACUUAUGUUUCGGUCAAUAUGUGUUUUACGGACCUGUAAAAAUGAUAUUGACCGAGGACGCAGUCCGAAACAUAAGUCAAUAACUGUAUAAUAAUCUACCAUAUGGAUAUAUUUUCUGGCCCCUUGGGAUCAUUGAGUCUAAGCAAUAUUCCGCUUAGGCGUUACAUGAAGGGCGUUGUACAUUUGAGCCGCACCAUGAGAAAACCAACAUAAUGCAUUUGCGACCAGCAUGGAUCCAGACCAGCCUGCGAAUGCACAGUCUGGUCAGGAUCCAUGCUGUUCG